AUGGCCGAACAGGCCAAGAAGAACCUCAAGAAGGCCGCACAUGACCCUAAUGGCGUCAUUUUUUACGACAACUUCAACUUUAAGAGCAACGUUCGUGAGCUUGUGGGUGGUAAACAAGCCCAGAUGAUCAACUUGACAACUGCUUCUCUUGUCGGCUGCCCCGAGCUCAAUGGCCCUCUCAAACAAUCUUCACUCGACACGACACAGCCAUUCACCCGCGAGAUGGUGAUCAAGCACCUACUUCCACGGCGCAAGACAUUCGACAAGGCGUCCAAAUGGCUGAUGGAAUACGCGUUAUUGAAGGUCUUUGGUCGGGACGACGAGGAGCUCCCGACAUUGCCCGUCGUCAGGCGGGUUACGUACAAGGAGUCACCAUGCCUUCAGAUCGGGGCUAUAUUCGAAGACGAGGGCACCCUUGCCGGUGUUUACCGGCUUCAUGAAGAGCUCUGGCUUCGCCGGCUUGAGUUCAAAGAAUACGAUGAACGGCUGACCCUAGUUUUCGGGGACCAGAAGAGCACCUCCUUCAAUCGCCGUAUUCAACAACAGCAACUGGAAGCUAGUCAGCUAUGGGAGCGGAAGAAGUGGAUGUUGCCGGUGCCAGCCUUCUUCCACGUUGAACUCAAUUACAUUCACCUUCUCUUCCGCGUGUUUUGGGAUACUGGCGGUAAAGACCGCUCGAGCGCUACCAUAUCCGCCGACGUACAGUUCUUCCAGCGCAGCCGUCACAUCAACAAGCAAGACAUCAAGUAUCACCAAGUACUGCCGCUCUUGAUGCAUGGCUACACCUCCAGGAUCACCGCCAUGGUCAUUCAAGCGCUUGUUGAGGAGGAGGAGCUUGAAUUUGUGGACACUGCUGACCUUACCGUUGACAAGGUUAAACGCGUCUUGCAAGCGCUCGACCGAAAACAUCUCAAGCGUAUCUUGAAGGACAUCUGGAAGACUUGCUUCACGUACAAUGGCUGGACCGGCAAAUAUGACGAUUUCGAGGACCCUGACGACGAUGCGGAAAUUGACAUCGAGUUCCGCAGUCAUUGCAGGUUACUGCAGUGUGUGGAGGUCCUUCUCAUCAUCCACGAAGCAGUCCGUCAGGGGGAUUACGGCCUGAUCAAAGACAUCAUUCCCAUGCUCCCUCUCCUUUUCUGGGGCGGCCGUGGCACAAACUACGGGCCCGAGAUGCUCUAUUUCGCUUGGCUCUUGCACCCGAAUGUCAGCAAAGACGAGGUCACCCGCAAUGCGAUACUUAAGGGUGGCUUGGUCCGCUGUACUACUGCCGGUAGUAUGUACAAGGCCAUUGAUCUUAUGCAGGAGCAUAUCCAUGCUGGGUAUGCCCAUGAUGUCAAGACAACUCGGAACUCGACGCAUGACAUUGAGGCUACGUUUAGCCGUUUGGCGGUCAAUGGCGCCUAUUUGGCUACAAUUCGCAAGUCUGUUGAGACGGUCUUUGGCAGGCAGCAGAAGGGCACGCACGCUGCUGGCGAUCCUGCUACGGAUAUCAUCUCAUAUGCUUGUAAAUUAUACAAGGAUGGGAUGCCACGCCGAGCUCACGAGAGCCGUCCCGAUGCGUUCGAUGCCCCUGACCUUUGGGAGAGAGGCCAGCGUAACCUCCUGAAGAAUUUGGAUGACUUCAACGAUGUCAUUCCAGAGCCGAAGGACGCAGCUGAUCAACGCAGCCUUCCUGGUGUUGGUAGCGGGCCGGGCGAGAUUGAGAUUGACUGGGCGGAUGAAGGGGAGCGUCUAUUUGAUGUAGAUGAGAACGACUUCUGGGUAGAUGGUUUGGAGGACUUGGGGGCGGUGUUCUAA